AAUAUUGUGUUCCACGUGCAUUUGUUAUGGGUGCUUUAGGACGUUAGGACCAUACCGAUAGUGUGUUAUUUAUGUUGUUUGGAAAGUUUAUAGUCUGUCAUCAGAGAAUAGCUACAGGCGACGAAAUAUCAUGAGAAUAAGAUGGACUUCCUGACAGUGAAAGGCUUAGCCACGGAAGCUAUAAACAGUAUAAAACUUGUUGAGCAAUUGGUCUGCCGCAUAAAAACUCGUGUAACUGAAGACAAGGUGACUGACCCAGCUUUCUGCGAUCUCAUCUACUUACUAGAAAGCAUCAUCUCCACAGAAGAUGUGACAUCUGCACAUAUCCACAUGGUUCUGGAUGUGGUGUGCUUACCUAUUCUGUAUAAGAUCCACCCCUCGUUUGACAGCCGUGUAGAAAACUUGGCUCUGCUGACUACAGUUAGCUCCCUUUGUGGUGCAUGUCUAGUCAAAGCUGAGGAGGCAAGAGCAGAGAGGCUGAUUGACCAGUGCCUGGGGCUGUUGAAGAGACACUGUCAGGGUGCUGACUUGCAGUCUGAAGCUGGAGAGACCUUGGACAUUUAUUGCUGUGUUGCUGUCUUACAGCACAUAUCCAAACACAGCCAGGGCAUAUUCUCACCCUCCUUACAAAGCAAACUUCUUCAGGCCUAUUUCAGUGUUGUAAAGUCUAUAAAAUUCUUGAAAGAUGGCUUACUCAUAAACAUUGCAUUAAAUUAUGUAAGGAACUUUAUGAAUGUAAGUGUCAAUGGAAAGCAAAACAGACUCUCUGCUGUGUGGGAAUUAAUUUGCGAGGAAUUUGAUGAAGGGAAUGAAAAACCAUACAUUUUACUAUGUGGAAUGGCCAGUCAUUUUUUCCCUGUAGUCAAUAACAAUUUAGUACUUGACUUAAAAUGUAAAGAUGACUUCUGGAGACUCAUUCAGCAAGGAGUAAGUCUAAGAACGUCCUCCUCCAGAAAACGAAAUAUGUACCUAUUGAAGCGGGUGACGGACAUUUGUCAUUCUUGUCAUCUAAGUGUUCAGAGUGAAAGUUUGUUCAAGUGGAGCCCCGAGGGAAACAUGGUAAUGGACAUCUGGGAAGACUACAUACUGCUGCUGGAAACUUUAGAGGAAACACAGGUUCAUGUAAUAAAGCCAGUACUUCCACGGUUAUCUAAAGUAAUCAAAGCAACACAGCUGGAUCAGAAUGGUGAAGGGGUAUUGCACACUUCCUGGUUAACUGCCAUCUUCAAAAGAUUACUGAUGCAUGAAAGUAUUUUUGUGGUGAGAUGGACAGUUGAUGCAGUUUUGAAGUUAAACCUCCAGCUCUGUCCAAUGCUUGAGCAAGGUCAAGACAAGUACUUUUGUGAGGAUUUCUUGCUGUCAAUACAAGAACCAAAAUUAUUUGUCAGACCAGAUGGGGCACCGGCAGGUUCCUGUCUCACUUGUGGUGAGGUACUCACUGGGUUCUUCCAAAACUGCUGGGAUGUCUUGGGCAAUUCACCAACACAAACAUCUUUCUUUAGAAACAUCUUGACAACAAUACUAGAAAACACAUGGAGUCCGGUGCCAUUACAGUUUAUAUUUGAAGCUCUAUCCAAAAUCCCAUCUACCCCAAUCCUAGACUCCUCAGGGCUUCAAGACUUGAAAAAUGGCGUAACCAAUAACAUGAGAACAUGGGACGGUUUUACUAGAGGGACUGUGCAGUGUUUCUGUGGUCAGAUUCUUAUGAAUCUUAUCAACAUAGAAAAAGCAUCGCCUUUGCAAUUUUUUUCCACGCUCACCAUGUUUACCAGGAGUGAGAGUUUGUCCAGAGGAACAGGGUUAUGGAAGGAGGUCUCUGAUUGGCUGAAAACAGUCACAAAACUGGGAGUGAAGAAUUGGACAACAGAAGACAUUAAAGCAUGCAUUAGGAACCAAAUUACCAAACAUCUGUCCACCAUGGAAGAAGGGGUAAGUGUCCCAGAUGAAGGAGACAUUGUAACAACCAGUCGUUUGAUAAUGCUGUCUGUGGACGCAGACAUUCUCCCUCUCAAGCCCAGAUCUGAGAUGGAGACAUAUUCCAUGACUCACACCCUACAGUCACUCAUUGAUAUCAUCAAUGAUUUCCCUACACAUCCCUACAUGCCUGUCAUCAAGGUGGAGAGAGCAUUGCAGUUGUCUGUGGGCCUCAAGAUGGAAGGUGGAGACACUGCUGGAGAUGAAGUUUGUGAGUUUAUCCAGUCAUCCAUAGGUACAGCAGCUGUUUCUGUGGUGAUAUUUCUCCAACAAAGGCUGGCAGGGGGAUGGAAGCAGAUGAAUGAUCUCCCUUCACUAAAGCUGUGCUGUGAAGCGCUACAGUUGAUUGUUUGCAGGCCACAUGAUUCUCAUGUUAGAGAAGCAAUUGAAAAGUUAUCUACAAGAUGCUUUCACUUCCUGAACACUUUGAACCAGGACAGUACAGAAGACCAGAUUGUUCGAUUGGCAGCUAGUUCAGUUUUGGGUACCAUUGUGCAGCAUGUUGCAGACCCAGACCUUAUAGGCCGUUUGCUAUCUCACAUCCAAUCUGCAUCUUCAUUUAUUCCCUCCACAUUUGUGAAGCCUCACUCAGAUGCUGGUAUUAGCCAAAAGGAAUGGGGGAAACUUACGUCAGAUUUCAUGACCAGCCAAUGGCAAACCGUUUCCUUCUUCUUGAGGAAUUACACCAAGUCAUGUGAUCCCUUUAUCACCUUGGAUAAAUGUUUGGAUUAUUUGUCAAUCAGUUCAGGUGAUGCGACCAUCGUCAUCUUCAAAUGUAUCACGAUUUUACUGCCUAAGAUGAUCGAUGAAGGAAAGGUUGACACCAUUGUGAAAGUUCUCCGAGUAGCAGGAGCUUACCUGAUCGAGCAUCAAGGAAGGGGAACUAGCUACUGGCCCUACCUAGAGGCUUACACGGAAAUGGUCUUCCAGCAGUCACUAACCACACAGUCCAAGGACUCAACUGUCACACAGAAACUUCUACAGAUUGCUAAUGAACUGUUGGUGACUGGAGAAGAGAAGAGGGGAGUGGUAAAUGUGUUGCUGAAUCGUCUGAUCACGGAAUGCCCCCUACCAAUGGAGAAUUUCCUACCAGUCAUCGUCAAUUGCUGCAUGUUUGGCUCAAUGAAUAAAAAACAAGACAAACACUUGAUGGAUGUCUAUAGUUAUAUAUCAUCAUUAGGUUCCACGUUAGCUGUUAAUCAGCUCCAGCCUUGGUUUCCAAGGAAUCUGAUGGUUAGAGUCCAGGUUGUGGAAUUCCUUUGUCAGUUAAAUCCACAGAUUCCUCUGCAUCACACGUUUGGAAAUUGUCUUCUCUCAGCGAUAUUUGAAAAGUACCAAGAAAUUGUUCAGCUCCCACAUAAAACUGUUUUCAUCAACUCAUUGCUACACCGUCAGAAAAACAGAUUGAUGCAGUUUGCUCUGCUUUUGGAGCCAUUUAUUUCAGAGGAGGAGAGUGAGAGAAUCUUCUGUGUGCUGUUGGACUUUCUCGGUGUGGCGAUGCAGCCCUCUGUCCGACAUUACCAGGAGUGGAUAUGCAUGCGGCUUAUCUGUCGUUUUCCAGUCCUCGUGUUUAAGCUGUGGCCAGCUUUUAAUACGAUGCAGGAGAAGAGUACCCCAGGCAUGUGUUCUCUGCUGUAUAUUAUGGCACACAUUGGACCACUGACAAGGACACAGUCUCAGGAAGAGUUUUAUGACACUGCCUUGACAAAGGUUUUGUCUCUGUGUAUGGCCCACCACUUCCACACCCGGAUCCAUGCCUUGGCUGUCCUGUCAUUGUUGUGGGACCAGUGUAAAACACUCAAACUUCAAGGAAUCAUUGGUCGCCAUGGCAUUAUCCAAGCCUGUUUCCUGCUGUCGGAUGAAGACAAUAAUUCUGCGAAGAACGUGAAGAAGAUUCUGGAGAACUAUUUUCUGACUGUCCUUGACAUUCAUAGAGACUACAGUGUGGAGACUAUCUUUCACACACUGCCCCGCCUUGGUUUGCUGUGUGACGAUGAGUGGAUCUCACCUCGCUAUUUCACUCAGUUCCCUAAGACUUCCUGUAUACCACUGUAUAAUUCUGACCCCAGUCUUUCACAGUGUCAGGAUAGGGCAUGGCAUCCUAAAGUCCAAAAUGAGACUGAGGAGGAGGAGGAUUCAGUUGGAGAUGUGCAGAAGAAGAUAAUGCCGUGGAGACUAAUGAAGCCAGACAAUGAGGUCAUCGAUGAAAUGGAAUCCAUCAAAAAACAAUUAAUCUCUGAUGGGCUUAUCCUAGUGACAUCACUUAUUGACAAAGUGCCAAAUCUAGGGGGACUUUGCAGGACCAGUGAAAUUUUUGGAGUAUCUGAGUUUGUCCUAAAUAAACUGAAAUAUGUGGAGGACAAAGUAUUUCAAUCUCUCAGUGUUACAGCUCAUAAAUGGGUCCCUAUUAGAGAGGUGUUCCACACAUGCCUCCCAGAAUAUCUUCAGCAGAAGAAGUCUCAAGGAUAUACCUUGGUUGGAGUGGAGCAGACGGCUAAUAGUGUGUCGCUUACUGACUUCAGCUUCCCCACUAAGACACUGCUCGUAUUAGGAAAUGAGAAGGAAGGAAUCCCUGCUGAUUUGAUUAGCUUAUUGGAUGUAUGUGUGGAAAUUCCACAGCAAGGUGUGAUACGAUCUCUAAACGUCCAUGUCAGCGGGGCCAUAUUGGUGUGGGAGUACAGACGACAGCAAAUGAUAAAGAACAGAAUGGUUUCCUCAAGCACCUAGUGUCCCACAGUUCGUCAUAAUAAUGUAAACUGACAUCAAGUCAAAUGUCAAUAGUGUAUUUCCAAAGUGCAUUCUAAAUACAAUCUAAAUGUCAGUUAAUGUACUCUAUAUAAAUACACCAGCAGUAUAACGAUAAUCUUCCCUAUUGACUCUGUACUCCACCACACUCUUCUACUGCUGCAGUUAUGUGUUCUGUAGACUUCACACGACUCCAAUGAAAUAAAGUAAUGACUUUAAAUGUCUCUUACAACUUUGGUUGUGGACUCUGUAUCAGUAUGAUUCAUGGGUGGGGACAACAGUGCAUCGCUCUAGGUAGCUUCUUCCAAGGUACUUCUUCCAAGUUACUGGUAGAUAGGUUUUCCCUGCAACAAAGUGUUGGCACCACCUCAGGACUGACAUACAGGAGAUAGUGCCACUAUGAAAAUAAAUGCAUUGAAAGACGGG